AUGAGACCGACUCAGAUGCUCCGAAGCGGCGCUGCCGACCCCAAGAACGGACACUACAUUGGUAACUGGGGCCACUUCGGUGGUGAGAAGCAGCGAGGUAUCAUUACCUACGGUCUGUCCGCCAACCGACAGAACCCCUGGGCUGGUGCCGCCAACGAUGCCAUCUUCAACACUUUCCGCCGCACCAAGAACCAGAUCUUCUUCUGGCUCCCUCCUAUGGUUGCCGGUUACUGGAUGAUGAGCUGGGCCGUCGAGCGAAGCGAGUACCUCAACUCCAAGGCUGGUCGUGCCGAGUUCGGUGAUGAGGAGGAGUAA